AUGUCUAAAGAUGACGAUGGCAGUUGUAAGUUGGCAUCAGUUUGCAAAAAUAAAGAGCGUAAGCCUAAAAAACCCCAUUAUAUCCCUCGACCCUGGGGGAAACCAUAUAAUUAUAAAUGUUUUCAGUGUCCAUUUACCUGUAUGGAAAAAUCCCACCUGUACAACCACAUGAAGUACAGCUUAUGCAAGAAUUCAUUGUCCUUGCUCAUAGAGUCAGACUGGCCUUACAAGAAGAGUAAUUUUCUCAUCCCUGAAAUGCACCUAUUACAGGACCCAUCGCAAGAUGGGGUUCUAGAUAGACAAGAGGCUUGUGAUUCCACUGGUUCUAAUAUAUCAAGGGUCAAGCAAGCUGGAGAGAAAGGUACAUCAGAGGUUUCAAAGUUCCUGGAGGAAGAUGAGGAAAGAGAAGAAGAGGAGGAGGAAGCUGUAGACAGAGGGCGGAAGGAGAAGGGGGGAGGUGUCUUGACUCAGCAAGUCAGCACAGGAAAGAGUGAGUCUAAAGGUUCCAUAUUGGGGUUGAAAGGAAAGCUGGAGAAGGCAAACAAAGAUGGGGAGCCAGAGUUCAUCAUAACGGAUGUGUUCUCUUUGGAGGGACAGUGUGAAAAGGAAAGAGAAGAGCAAAAGCUUGCCAAGGCCUCCAGGAAGACUUUAGGCAAUAUUGGAGGGGUGCAAGCUGAACAGUGGAAGGUGCUAAAUAAUACACUUAAGAAAGGAGGAGCAGAUAUGACAGCAGGGUGUACUGGAGCUAAUAUCAUUCCUUGCUACCCACCACCAUCAUACACAGAAUACCAAGAACACCAGGGUCUGUCACUGCUGGGUAUCAACUACCCUUUGAACACAAACUUGUUUUCCUACAUAAGCCCUACGAUGACUGGGGGCUCAGCGCAGGUACCUUUCUUAGCCUCCACGGCCCAACUCAUGCACCCGGCACACUCUUCUCACUUUCAAGCUCUGCAAAAUUCAGAAAGAUCAUCUUUUCUCCCCAGAUUCUACUACCCACUGCUUUUUGAACACGCAUUUAAUACAGCCGAAGGCAAAGUGGCUUCAGUAAAACCAGUGAGCCAGAUUCAACCAGGGCUCACUCCCUUCAUAGCAACCCCAAAUGUCAAAAUGCCAGCAGAGACCUUAAAAAGCUGUGUCCACAAAACCCCAGAAAUGAAAAGCACACAUUCAUGGGGAUCUGGGGACAAGUUUUCAAAACAAACACAUUCUCAAUCCAAGCUGAUGCAGAAACGAGAUGAUAAAUGGCCAACUCAGUCAGUGAGAGAAACAAACCAGCAGCAGAAAUUACCAAGCGGGUAUGGGAUACCAGCGCCUAGCACAAGUGAAGAAUCACUAGAAUCAAUACCUCCAAAGGAGAUUGGUAAUGAGACACUCUGGACUGAUGGAAGAUCUGCUAGAUGCAUAAAGAGAAAACAUUGGUUGGGGAGUGAUGGACCAGAAGUGAUGACGGAGCAGACAGCGUCACUUGAUGACAGAGACAGGACACUCCAGAGCAGAUCCUCCUCUCCCCUCUUGACAUCCCCUGUUCCUUGGUGCGAAACAUCCCCUUUGUUGGCCAUUGCCUGCAAGAGGAGGAGAAGGUCAGAGCACUCCACAGACAAUACAGAACCAGCAGUUGAAGACACCUCACAUCUCAUUGAGGAUCUCACAAGGACACUAGAUCAGUAUGGUAAAGUGGAGAAGAGCCUGGCAAACCUGGGAUCUGGGGACAACAGUCAGCAAAAGGCUCUGGGUGAGCAACUGGGAAAAAUACGUCUUGAGCUUCUUCAUAUCCACCAUGAACUUGAGAAAGCUUCUUGCCCACAUGAAGGACCACUGGACCUCUCCAUUAAACGAGCAGAGGAUGUGGACAAAACUGAACAAAGGAAGACUCCACCAGAUCAUAAUCCUGUUCUCCUGCUACCCAACUGCCAACUCAAGCCAUUGGUGAAAGUGGAACUGUUACCCCCAGAGUUGGCAUCCUGCUAUGCACGGCCAACUAAGUGUGAAGCUGACUCCAGUGUACUUCUUUGCCCAGAUGGCAGGGUAGGAGGAACUGGGUUACAAUUGCAAAUACCCAAUCAGGAGGAAGGCAGUAGUAUUGCUGUAGGACUUGGAAGAGUUGGACAACAGGUAGAAGGUGUGUGAAGUCUCAAAACUUUCCUUCCCUUAAUGAUAUUCCACCCAAUAACAUUAAAUUAACCUGUUUCUUCUAAUGACUUAAUGGGAUUUGCAAAGUUUUGUAGACCCCAUUUUAUAUUAAAAAAGUAAAUUCCAUUUUCUGCUAAGCUCCUCUUCAAGCCUUCUAUGCCCCUGUGCCAAACAACUGCAGACUAUUUGGUUUAAUAACAGAUCUGUAUCAUUAUGAAAAGUUUUUUGGAGACCUUGUGAAGGAUCUACUGGAUAUUUGUCAAUACUAUAAAAAGUAACAUUACAUUGCACUUAGUCCAUGGAAAGACCCAUAAAGAACUUACCAAA